UCGUGGUCAGAGAAAUCCAAGCAACAGUCAACAGUCGGCUCGGCAUCAACAUCUGGUUCUCAUCUGUCUAUGAAGCUAUUCAAUUACUUUAUUGAUAAGAAAGAGGGGAAGUACAGUUGUUCCUUGUUUUGUUAAAUCUCGAAUUUAGAAGGUGGAUUCAAAGUCAUAGUUGGAAAGAACAAAAACAGGAAUUCCCCAAUUAUGCAUUAUCCAAUAGCGGUGUUGGUUUUGUUGUUUGCAUUUCUACAAAUUCCAUCAGUUCACUGCGAGAAGAAAUAUCGCAAAUCGUUCAUCAAUCCUUAUCCCAGGUUCAAAGCUUAUCAUGAUAAUGGUGACCCCGGUGAGCCACUUUUCUUGACACCCUUGAUAGAAGCUAAAAAAAUAUCAGAAGCCCAAACAAAAGCAAAAGUUGUUGGAGCACAAUUUCAACGAGUGAAAAGCUUCUCUGGCUAUCUCACUGUCGACAAACACUAUAACUCAAAUUUAUUCUUCUGGUACUUUCCUGCUGAAGUAGAGCCUGAAACUGCCCCUGUGGUCCUCUGGCUGCAGGGAGGGCCAGGAGCUUCUUCGUUGUUCGGUCUGUUCACAGAAAAUGGUCCUUUCAAAUUUAGUGGGGAUAAACUGGGGGUACGAGAAUUUCGAUGGAAUAAAAACUUGAACUUGAUUUAUAUUGACAAUCCCGUGGGAACUGGUUUCAGUUUUGCCGACAAUGAGGCAGGCUACUCUCGGAAUGAGAAAGAAGUCGGUCAUAAUCUCUACGAAGCAAUGAAACAAAUAUUUUUGUUGUUUGAUUUUUCAAAGACCAAGGGCUUUUAUAUAACCGGCGAAUCGUAUGGUGGGAAAUAUGUACCUGCGUUAGCAUACUACACUUAUCGCGCCCAAAAACCUCCACAAAAGGAAGUUAUUCCCUUGAGGGGUAUGGCCAUUGGCAAUGGUCUCUCCGAUCCACAAAACCAGAUGAACUAUGGAGACUAUCUCUAUCAGUUGGGCCUAAUCGACUCGAACGGACGUCGCAAGUUCGAAAUUGAGGAGAAGAAAGGUAUCGAUUGCAUCCAUAAGCGCGACAUGGACUGUGCGUUUGAUGUGUUCGAUAGUCUGAUCAACAUGGAUGAGACAUCUUAUGGAUCACUGUUUCGCAACCUCACCGGCUAUGAGCAAUACUUCAAUUAUUUGAAAACUAAACCUGAUGACGGAGACGCUGUUAUGGGAGAAUUCUUACAGUCGGCAUUAACCAGACGCGCGAUACACGUUGGCAAUAAGACGUUCCACGACCUGGAGGGCGAAAAUAAAGUCGAAAAAUACCUUAAAAAAGAUGUUAUGGAUAGUGUGGCCCCAUGGGUGGCCGAAUUAUUGGACAACGGAUUAAAAGUUUGCAUUUAUAAUGGACAACUUGACAUUAUUGUAGCCUACCCCCUAACUAUGAAUUAUGUGCAAAAAUUGAAAUUUAAUUCUGCUGAGAUAUAUAAAAACGCAAGUCGAGAAAUCUGGUGGGUAGAUGGGGAAGUUGCUGGCUAUAAAAAACAAGCCGGAAACUUGACAGAGAUGUUGGUUCGGAAUGCUGGGCAUAUGGCACCGAUGGAUCAGCCCAAAUGGAUGUUCGAUUUGAUAAGUAACUUUACAGGAACAAAUUCUAAAAAAUAAAAAGAAUAAUGUUUUGAGAAUUUGAAAUAAUAAACUUCAUUUUUCAUCAAUAAAUUUUUAUAUUAAAAUGAAA